AUGGCACACUCGUCUGGACCAGGUCAGGCCCUAGCAGUCACUACUUCGCCAAAUCCUCUUCUCUCUCCCGAUGCCAUUCUCAGAUUGGGUGCCGAGCUCAACAGCAAUCCGUUUGGCACCGUGGUAACAACACCGGGUAGCAAUGAGCUAGAUGUAAUUGGGACAACUCUUUGGAACGAUUGCAGCAGCCGCAUGAUCUCGCAUGGUCACAACCCGGAGGAUGUACUCCUGCUGGGUAAAGUGCGGGCUCUCGCGUUUGCUGUGUUAAACAUGGCUGUGUCGCCUGAUGUCCCAGGGGGCCUCAGGUCUCUCGUACUGGCCCUCAAGGCGGCGCAUAUUUGCAUUGUGAACCGGCAAUGCGAAAUUGCGCUGAAUAUCCUGUCAGUGGCAGCUCUGAGGAUGGAAACUCUUCCCGCUAAUCUUGGGAUUGUUCCUGUAAUUACCCCUACUCUCACCACCCGAUACUUCCUGCUUCGUGCUAGACUGGCCUGGCUGCAGGGGCGAGUAGAUAUCGCUGAGCAUUUCUUUGCCAAAGUCCCGGAAUCGGUAUUGUCAAGUUAUGAAGAGCUGAUUUUCGAAACUUGUUUUAUCAUUGGUGACUCUGCACUCGCACGGCGCCAGUCUAACAUCGCUGUCACAUGGCUGCAAAGAGCGAGCAAUUACUUGCAGAAAAUCAUGACAGAGAUGAAUGGAGUAGAUUACUCUAACUGGAACCUGGUUAUUCGACAUUCCCUUGGAAGCUGCUGGCAUGUUACUUACAGACAGGAACCGUCGUCGCUGCUCGUCAGUUAA